CGGCGGCGGCGGCGCGGGGACGCGCGCUGUCUCUUUAAGGGACUGGGUCUGGGGUGGCGCUUUCCUCCGCGAAGGCUCCUUUGAUAUUAAUAGUGUUGGUGUCUUGAAACUGACGUCAUGCGCGGAGACGGAGGUCCUGACAAGCGAUAACAUUUCUGAUAAAGCCCCGAUCUCACUGCCAUCUCCAGCCUCCUCUUUUCGGGGUGCUGAUCAUAUUUUUCUGCAGACCUCGCGUCCUCUCCGAUCGCGCUCUCGCCUUUCGAUUUAUUAUUAUUUUUUUUAAACAAAAAACAACACCCCCCUCCUCGCGUCCCUCCCCUCUCCACCGACACCGGGCACAUCCUCGCUCUAUUUCCUUUCUCUUUCUCGCGCUCUCUUUUUCUUCCUAAGGGGGGCAGGGCAGGGCCCGGGGGGGAGGCAGGAAAAGACCUUUUUCUCCCCCCCCCCCCAAUAAUCCAAGAUCAACUCCGCGGACAACAGAGGACGGUUCAUGGCUCUGGCCGCCGCGCCACCAUCUUCCGGACUGGCGAGGGUGUUCGCGACGAUUAAUCAACAGGUAAGGAGGAGGGGAUCGGGGUCGGGGCCGGGCCGGUACCGGGGACCCGGGCCGCUGGCCGCGACGCCUGUGCUGCGCCCGCGCGCGUGUGCGCGAAAUGUGGGCGAUCGCGGCGAGCGGGGAGCCCUGGGAAUUAAAAGUGACUUUCUUAAAAAAAAAAAAAAAAAAAAAAAAAGCAGCAAGCCCGGAGCACAGAAACAGAGGGAGACGGAGGGAGAGAGAGAGAGAGUGUGUGUGUGUGUGUGUGUGUGUGUGUGUGUGUGUGUGCAGAAAGCCAAGCGUAGCCUUCUCGGGUUUCACAUGCAUUUUCUUUCUUCCUUUUUUGCGCGUGUGAUUUCUUUCUCUCUUUCUUUCUUCUCGUGCUCCCCUGACCCCCCCCCCGCCACCCCCCUCACCCGUGCCUCUCCGCCUUGGUCUGGGUGCUGGGGUCCCAGGCAUCCGAGCCCUUGCACGGCGGCGACUUGCAACUAACUGCAGUAGCCCCUUGGAGUCAGUGAGGGUCAAGUUCAGCCGCCGGGGAGGAGGAAAAACAAAUCCCCGUUGGCCAAAAAAAGAAGUUUCGGCCGGUGCCCCCUCCCUCCCCCGGCUGUCUGCGGCGCUGGCGGAUUGCGAUUCUCUCCUCCGGGCGCAGCGCAGGAGCUGGGGUGGCCGGGGACCCGCGGGGCCGCCGCCGCCGCCGCCGCGAGCUUUCUGGGGGGCUCCUGACAAGCGGGGAGCACGCUGGGCAGCGGCAUGCAGAGUAAUACACAGCUCAGCUCUCAGAAUGUCUUCUGUGUCCUCCCAGCGUUUCUAAGACAGUCACAUUAGCUUCCUGCUAGUUGACUAAUAGAACUAAUAAUUGUAAAAAGCACUCUAAAGCCACAUGCCUUAUGAAGUCAAUGCUGGGUAUGAUUUUACAAAUAUGGUCCGGAAAAAGAACCCCCCUCUGAGAAACGUUGCUAGUGAAGGCGAGGGCCAGACCCUGGAGCCGAUAGGUGCAGAAAGCAAAGUAUCUGGACAGAACAAAGAAUUUCCUGCAGAUCCGAUGUCAGAAAAUACGGAUCAGAGCAAUGCUGCAGAACUAAAUAAUAAAGAGGAGCAUAGCUUACAUGUCCAAGAUCCAUCUUCCAGCAGUAAGAAGGAGACCAAAAGCUCAGUCCUGGGUGAGAAGGCUGGCUUCAAUUAUGAGAGCCCCAACAAGGGAGGAAACCUUCCAUCCUUUCCGCUUGAUGAGGUGACAGACAGAAAUAUGUUGGCUUUCUCAUCUCCAGCUGCUGGAGGAGUCUGUGAGCCCUUGAAGUCUCCUCAAAGAGCAGAGGCAGAUGACCCUCAAGAUAUGGCCUGUACCCCAGCGGGGGACUCAUUGGAGACAAAGGAAGAUCAUAAGAUGUCACCAAAGGCUACCGAGGAAACAGGGCAAGCGCAGAGUGGUCAAGCCAAUUGUCAAGGUUUAAGCCCAGUUUCAGUGGCCUCAAAAUACCCACAAGUGCCUUCAGAUGGGGGUGUGAGACUGAAUAAAUCCAAAAGUGACUCAGUGGUGAAUGACAACCCAGAUCCGGCACCUCUGUCUCCAGAGCUUCAGGACUUUAAAUGCAAUAUCUGUGGGUAUGGUUACUAUGGCAACGACCCCACAGAUCUGAUUAAGCACUUCCGAAAGUAUCACUUAGGACUGCAUAACCGCACCAGGCAGGAUGCUGAGCUGGACAGCAAAAUCUUGGCCCUUCAUAACAUGGUGCAGUUCAGCCAUUCCAAAGACUUCCAGAAGGUCAACCGUUCCGUGCUUUCUGGUGUGCUGCAGGACAUCAAUUCUUCCAGGCCUGUUUUACUAAAUGGGACCUAUGAUGUGCAGGUCACUUCAGGUGGGACGUUCAUUGGCAUUGGACGGAAGACGCCGGAUUGCCAAGGAAACACCAAGUAUUUCCGCUGUAAAUUCUGCAAUUUCACUUACAUGGGCAACUCAUCCACGGAGCUCGAACAGCAUUUUCUUCAGACUCACCCGAACAAAAUAAAAGCUUCUCUUCCUUCCUCUGAGGGUGCGAAACCUUCAGAGAAGAACUCUAACAAAUCCAUGCCUGCCCUUCGAGCUGGCGAUUCUGGAGACUUGGGAAAGUGGCAGGACAAGAUCACGGUCAAGGCCGGAGAUGACACUCCGAUCGGCUACUCCGUGCCCAUCAAGCCCCUGGACUCCUCCAGACAAAAUGGUACCGAGGCCACCAGCUACUACUGGUGUAAAUUUUGUAGUUUCAGCUGUGAGUCGUCCAGCUCCCUAAAACUGCUGGAGCAUCACGGCAAGCAGCACGGAGCCAUGCAGUCGGGUGGCCUUAACCCAGAGUUGAACGAUAAGCUUCCCAGGGGCUCCGUCAUUAAUCAGAAUGACCUAGCCAAAAACGCAGAGGGCGAGCCAAUGACCAAGGCAGACAAGAGCCUGAGUGGGGCGAAGAAGAAGGACUUCUCUGCCAAGGGAGCGGAGGAUAACAUGGUCACGAGCUACAACUGUCAGUUCUGUGACUUUAGAUAUUCUAAAAGCCAUGGCCCUGAUGUCAUUGUGGUGGGGCCGCUCCUCCGUCAUUAUCAGCAGCUCCAUAACAUCCACAAGUGUACCAUUAAGCACUGUCCGUUCUGUCCCAGAGGCCUUUGCAGCCCAGAAAAGCACCUUGGAGAAAUUACGUAUCCGUUUGCCUGUAGAAAAAGUAAUUGUUCCCACUGUGCACUCUUGCUGUUGCACUUGUCUCCCGGGGCGGCCGGAAGCUCGAGAGUCAAACACCAAUGCCACCAGUGUCCCUUUUCUACCCCGGAUGUCGAUGUGCUCCUCUUUCACUAUGAGACCGUGCAUGAGUCCCAGGCGUCGGAGGUCAAACAGGAGGCCAAUCAUCUGCAAGGCUCAGAUGGGCAGCAAGCAGUCAAGGACAGCAAAGAACACUCAUGUACCAAAUGUGAUUUCAUUACCCAGGUGGAAGAAGAGAUUUCCAGACACUACAGGAGAGCACACAGCUGCUACAAAUGCCGUCAGUGCAGUUUCACAGCUGGCGACACUCAGUCACUACUGGAGCACUUCAACACUGUUCACUGCCAGGAACAGGACAUCACUACAGCCAACGGCGAGGAGGACGGGCACGGCGUCUCCACCAUCAAGGAGGAGCCCAAGAUGGACCUCAAGGUCUACAGUCUGCUAAACCCAGACUCUAAAAUGGGAGAGCCGGUGUGCGAGAGCGCGGUGAAGCGGGAGAAGCUGGAGGAGAGAGACGGGCUCAAAGAGAAGGUCUGGGCAGAGAGUUCCAGCGAAGAGCUGCGGGGCGUGGCGUGGAGAGGGGCCGACAUCCUGCGAGGGAGUCCGUCCUACACGCAGGCCAGCCUGGGCCUCCUGGCGCCUGUGUCCAGCGCCCAAGAGCAGACGAAGGCCCUGAGGGACAGCCCCAGUGUAGAAGCUGCCCACCUGGCGCGACCCAUUUAUGGCCUGGCUGUGGAGACCAAGGGAUUCCUGCAGGGGGUGCCGGCCGGUGGCGAGAAGGCUGGGGCUCUCACCCAGCAGUACCCAGCGUCCGGAGAAAGCAAGUCCAAGGACGAGUCCCAGUCCCUGUUACGGAGGCGUAGAGGCUCUGGUGUUUUCUGUGCCAAUUGCCUGACCACGAAGACCUCUCUCUGGCGAAAGAAUGCAAAUGGUGGAUAUGUGUGCAACGCGUGUGGCCUCUAUCAGAAGCUGCACUCGACUCCCAGGCCUUUAAACAUCAUUAAACAAAACAACGGUGAGCAGAUUAUUAGGAGAAGAACCAGAAAGCGCCUUAACCCAGAGGCACUUCAGGCCGAGCAGCUCAGCAAACAGCAGAGGGGUAACAGUGAGGAGCAGGUCAAUGGAAGCCCAUUAGAGAGGAGGUCAGAAGAGCAUUUAACUGAGAGCCACCCGAGAGAAAUUCCGCUCCCAAGCCUAAGUAAAUACGAAGCCCAGGGUUCAUUGACUAAAAGCCAUUCUGCUCAGCAGCCAGUCCUGGUCAGCCAAACUCUGGAUAUUCACAAAAGGAUGCAACCUUUGCACAUUCAGAUUAAAAGUCCUCAGGAAAGUACUGGAGAUCCAGGAAACAGUUCCUCUGUGUCUGAAGGGAAAGGAAGCUCUGAGAGAGGCAGUCCCAUAGAAAAGUAUAUGAGACCUGCAAAACACCCAAAUUAUUCACCACCAGGCAGCCCUAUUGAAAAGUACCAGUACCCACUUUUUGGACUUCCCUUUGUACAUAACGACUUCCAGAGUGACGCUGAUUGGCUGCGGUUCUGGAGUAAAUAUAAGCUCUCUGUUCCUGGGAAUCCGCACUACUUGAGUCAUGUGCCUGGCCUACCAAAUCCUUGCCAAAACUAUGUGCCUUAUCCCACCUUCAAUCUGCCUCCUCAUUUUUCAGCUGUUGGAUCAGACAAUGACAUUCCUCUAGAUUUGGCGAUCAAGCAUUCCAGACCUGGGCCAACUGCAAAUGGUGCCUCCAAGGAGAAAAGCAAGGCGCCACCCAAUGUCAAAAAUGAAGGUCCUUUGAAUGUAGUAAAAACAGAGAAAGUUGACAGAAGUACUCAAGAUGAGCUUUCGACAAAAUGUGUGCACUGCGGCAUUGUCUUUCUGGAUGAAGUGAUGUAUGCUUUGCAUAUGAGUUGCCAUGGUGACAGUGGACCUUUCCAGUGCAGCAUAUGCCAGCAUCUUUGCACGGACAAAUACGACUUCACAACGCACAUCCAGAGGGGCCUGCACAGGAACAAUGCACAAGUGGAAAAAAAUGGAAAACCUAAAGAGUAAAACCUUAGCACUUAGCACAAUUAACUAGAAAUAGGGUUUCUUGAUGGGAAUUCACUAGCUUGUAAUGUCUUAUGAAGACCUAUUAAAAAAUACUUCCUAGAGCCUGCCUUAUCCAACAUGAAAUUCCCUUUUUUUUUUUUUUUGUUUUUUUUUUUUUUUUUGCUCUUCUUUCUUUUGAUGAGGUUACCAAGAUUUACCAGUGAGACAGGUGGUCAGUGAGAAAGAAUGUAAGGUGGUAAACAGUCAUUUAUUUAAAACUUAACGAAUCAGACCUUUCUUGACUGAUAUGUCCUGGGGAAAACGAUCCAUACAGAGUCCCACCAGGUUACAGCUGUGCUUCUGGAAAAGGAAUAAAGCCUAUCUAGAAUUUGAGAGGAUUUACAGUACAGUACAGUUCAGUGCAAAAGCAGUAUUGGGUUGGCCACUGGCCCAUUUGUUUAAAACCUCACACAUUGUGUCCUAAAUUUAAAAGUGUCGUGAAAUCCUGCACAAAUGAGGAGAAAAGGGUGAGGGAAGCAAAACGUGCUCUCGCCGAUCCGUCUUCUCUCCUUGACCAUGUUUCAGAUUUGGACCUAGACAUGCGGAACUCUGGUUAGGCCUGGUGAGAGAGCGGCAAGCAGCGUGACAGCUGGGUGGCACGAUGACACGGGCCAGCCCUGCCUGUACAUACACAUGCACACCCUCUUUGAUAUUAUUGUCCUUUAGAUGUUCAAAUAGUAGUUCUUUCGUUGGCAGUUUAGGUUCAUUUUUGUCCAAAUGUAUUCCUAUUUUUUUAAAAGUCCUCGAUGCUUACGUAGUAAUUUUAUUUUAGCCAAAUACUUUUCUUGAUGACGAACAAGUUUGGAUUGUUUCUUUUUUUCUUUUUCUUCUGUAUUUUUUUUUCCUCCUGUUUGUCACUCAUCUCACUCGGCACAUGAUGACUAAAGGAAUCCCCUCCGUUCAAAAGAGUAGGUGAAUGCAAAUGUCACACCGAAAGUUUAAUAUGCUUAGUUAGGAAACAUGGUAUUGCUCUGCAAGGUAACCUGCUGUAUUUAUUUAUUUUCUUUUGGUUAAAUAUAAUUUCCAAACUUUGUGGUCAGGCAGCGUCUAAGGUUACAUUACCACAGACUGACAGUCUAUGUACCAAUCAAUCCCUUCAUUAGAGUAUGCAGGUUUAGUUAAGUAGCAUUAAAUAGGAUUCUUAGAAGUCUGUCUUCGUAGUACUUUUAAUACUUAAAGCUUUGUAAAAACUAUCCAUGAAGGGAAAGCUUCUCAGCAUAACUGCUCAGGGAAAUAGGCUACAUAACUGAACAUUAAAUAAUUGGUUAAAGGUGCUGUUAGCCGAGCCUCAAUGCUUGCUACAAGGAUGUAUGUACAAGGACUGACUUUAAUAAUUUGCAUUAUAUUAUCCCAACCAGUAGUUUAUUUUUUGCCACGGAGAUGUAGAAGAUAUUACAAGCUACUGGAUGCACUGUCAGAUUAACUUAUUUCAUUAAAGAAGUUGGGAGAACAAAUAGGAAAAAAAAAACUUAUUUUUCUAGUAAAUAUUAAUGUAUUACAUUUCAAAUAAUGGUGCCUGACAUAUUGAAUAAAUAUUUUCUACAGUGUACGUAUGCAACAAAGAUAUUCCAUCAUGCAUUAGAGUCAGUUCUGGCUCUGCCUGGCUGUUUACAUUUGCAAAUGUAGCAAACAAGGUAAUGAAGCAACUAUUUCUAUUGCAGUAGAUAUCUUUUUGUGUGUAUGUGUGUGUGCGUGUGCGUGUGUGUGCAUUAAAGUUGUAAACGGUAACAUGAAAGUUCUUGAUAUAAUGGUAUGGAAAACAAGAAAGAAAUGAAAAUAUUUUUAUGCCUACUUAGGAAAAAAAAAGGGUAGCACUAUCCAUUCCAAGUACUUUUUUUUUUAAUUUUUAAGCUCUUAACUCACAUUGUUAUGCUUAAGACGAUAAACAUAUAUCCUCUUUUUAUUGCUUUGUCUAUGUUUCAGAGGAAACAUUUCAGAAAUUAUUUUGAUGAGUGUUGCUGGAAUUCGCAGCACUGAUGUUUUUAUCGCAUUCUGUAGUCGCAUUUGCACUCCGUGUUUGACUUUAAUUUGCAGUCGCUUUGUAUCAUUUUCGUUUUGUUUGAGUUUUGUUUCUUUCUCACAUUGCCAGGUCUCUGUUUCUUUGAAGUUGGACGGCAGGUAGAGUUCAAUCAGCUCCUGACUAUUGUAGUGAAUGAUGUUAAAAAUCUCUUUCCGAUGUUGUGUUGUCCUUUCCGUUCUUCCAUUUUUGUUUCUCAUGAACAAAGGAAAAAGGAAAAACAAAAAAAAAGAAUGAGAGAAAGAAAUCAGGAUUAAGUCCCGGCUUCAGUCUUGUUAAAGGGCCUAUUCUGAUCUCACCUGGCGCAUAGCUCUGUCACGUAAUCCAAGAUAAAGAGGCAGAAAGGGGAGCUUGGACAUUCAGAUGGCUUGAUAGAAUUUAUCUUUCUUUGGGAAUUUUGGUGGCUGCUUCACAAAGUAAACUGACAGAUCAGAGAGGUGACAGAGGUCUGUUACAGAGAGAUGUACCAAAUGACAGUAAUUGUUUUCCUUAUUUAAAAAGAUGAUACAAAUGCAAUGUAGCAACCCUCAAGCAACAUGAUAGUACAAUACUUCAAUCGGUGGCAAGCAGGUGAACUGGAGUACACAAGACUGAGUAGCCGGUAACACCAGAGGUUUCUUUAACUUGGGCAAUACUACAGGUAUUACUUUUUGGACAAAACUAUUCCUACAGCAGUUUCCCCAGAGUGUCAGAUAUAAAUAGGUUGUUCAUUUGUUCGCAUGGAUGGCUUUGUUUCUCAUUCUUUGUUUUUUCUUUCUCAAACAGGCGUAGUAAUGAGCAUUGGAAAAAUACAUAUCACUUUUUGGGGGGAAUAUUUAUGUUCAGUCUACUCUCAGUAGAAUAUUCUUUGAUAGCAUUGGCACGAUAGAUCUUAUUCUAUACUCAUUUAUUAUUAAUUAUUUUAUUUUCAUUUUUGCUUUCAUUAGUAUACAUAUUCUGGUGGAAAAGAAGUCGGGCUUUUUAAAAAAGGAUGGAAGUUUAUCAUAACACUAAAAUACUCCUUAUUUUUUGAUGAAGUUAAAGCCUUUGUUCCAUCUUGAGGAAUAUAUUAUACAAAUGUUUUCUAUUUUUUUAAGAUUUCAGAAUCAUUUCGUCUUAAAUUGUGAAUGAUUUUAAAUCAGCUGUUUAGGUACUUCACCUUUUUCUUAAGAACGUUCAUGAUGAUUUAGAAAUGUUCCCCUCUUGGAGCAGGCUUCCCUUGGUCCUAUAGUGAAUAUUAUAAGCCAGCUAAAACUGUACACCACAUCAAACCUGUAGGUCCUUUACGAUGACUUGUCUAUAUUCUAAAUUGAGCUUUGGCUCAAACUUAAGGCCAGGAUCAGUUCAUGCAUUCUUCCUCUUCUUUUUCUUACUCUUUCCUCAUCAUCACUCACCCCAAUCUACAUACAGUUUUUGGGACAGAAAAACCAGGAGGAACCAGCCCAGCUUGGGAGGUGGUGGACUGAGGGGCAGUGCAGGGCGCUAAGCAUCCGGCUGAGAGAAGGGUGCAGCUGUCCGGAGUAGGAGGCAAACAGUGAGCCCUCUCCUCUUUCCAUGACAGAGUCAAGCUGUUCUUCCAACACUCUGCUUUUGAGAUAGUGAUGUUCCAUUCUGUUCCAAGUCACUCUGUUUUAGUAAAGGUAGAUUUUAGGCAACAAGCGUGGGGACUCUUUUCUAAAGUAACAUCAAUCAGAAGAUAAAAAAGCGAUUGUCUCGAAAGAGGUCUUUGGUAGCCUGUGGUAGCACAUUAUGCUUACGAUUGCACCUGUGCACAUAGUCUGUUACAAUCCAAUGCAAAUACAGCUCCAAAAAUACUAAAUGUAUAUCUGUAUUUUGAAAUGCCUGAGGAAAUAUGGUUUUAAUAAAACGAAGUGUAUCAAUACUGCUAUUCAAAUAAUGAUUAGCCUCCUGCUGUGUGAUUGCAAAAGAUUACAGAGUGACCUGUCUUGGAACUGCCUGUUGCCUGCCUCAUUAGCCAGUGAAUAUGAACACAUUUUUAUAGGGGGAAAUAUCAGCUGUCCAGCAUUGGAAAUGUGGAGUAAAGAAACUGGUGGUCACACUGUCUCUGUGCUGUAUGCAAGUCUUUUGGCGAAAGUUGAGAUGCAUUCACAGCCACCUGUCUUUAGGUUGAGGGUCAUGGCAAAAAUAAAUUUUAAAAAAAACCAAACAUCUCAGAGCAUCUUUAGUACGCAGGACACAGAGAAAACUUGAGGAAUUCAAGUACAACCUGAAUCUGAAAGUAAAUGUACUAACCAAAGGCAGAUACGGCUAGGCAGAUGCUGUGAGCAGACAACUGGUCAUAAAAGAAGAGGAAAGGAACCCAGGCAUAUCUGGUCUUGGAGGGCAGUGUUAUUUUUUUCCAAAGACUUGGCAGAGAGGCGUGGCGUUUUUGCAUUGCACUCCCCAUUGGCUGUCCAUUUCUGGUACAGAGUGAAUUCACGUGGUCCCUGUAGCAGGUGGUUGGGUAGAAAGCAUCCAGUUAUUUGCAGUAAUGAGAACUUCAGAAGAUACCAGGGUAAAAGUGUUUGAGUCAGGGAGGAGGAAAAUGUGAACGGGAACAGUAACCCCUGUGGGGACUGGAUAAUGUAUGUUCCUGUGUUCCUCUUGAAAGGAAAAGGAAAGCUCUGAGCUCACUCUGUCCUACACCACACAAAAGCAAGAGUAACUUUUCCCGUGGACCCCGUGCUUGACCUUCGUUAGAGAAAAUGGUCCUUCAAGAGCCAUGAGUCCCCACCUGCAUCCUGGUUUUGCCCCUGGUUGUUUCUUUAAUACAUGAACUGCAGCAAAUCACCUUUUCUUUUUGUGCCUCAGGUUCCUCAACUAUAAAGUGGAAAAAUAUAUUAAUAAUAAUAUUAAUAAUAAUAAUAAUAAUGGUAAUGUAGUACUCGUUUGUAAAGCACUUUGAGAUCCUUGAUUGGAAGGCACCAUAGGAGUGUCAAGUAUUAUGUGGCCAAGGGGGUUAUUUAAAUUUAGUUCCCAAAGGCCAAGAAAGUUUGGGGUCAUUUUUGUUAAAGGUGAGCUGUAAAUAUUAUAACUAGACAGCCUGUAGUGUUGACUAUGAAACUGUUACAAGGCUGAUAAAACCAUAGUUUAUUAAUGGCUACCAACAAGGCAAAUGUCACAAUAACAAAUGCCAAAUCCUUUAGGGUGUACUAUUUGACGACAACCUUGAUAAUCUAGGGGGAGGGGCGGACUGGGAAACAUUUCCAAAAGCCAGUGUACAAUUAACUUACAGCAAUAUUCACCAGCAGAAAAACGUCUUUCAUAUGGAAUGAUUUCAUGUUGCUAAGAAAAAGAAUUCAAUUUGUAGUCCUGAUUUGAACAUUAGAAUGUUGGCUAUAAUAGUUCUGUUCUUACAACACAUGGAAUUUUUUGUUUUAUUUUGUUUUCAUAGUGCAUGUUCAUUUCUACUCACAAACAUGUUCUUGGUGUAUUUCUUAUGCAAACAAUCUGCAGGCAGCAAAGAUGUCUGUUACAUCUAAACUUGAAUAAUAAAGUUUUACCACCAGUUACACACAAUGGCGUUGGUAUGGUUUAUACGGAUUCACUUUCAUUCAUUCAUGUAGCAAUAGGAAAUACAAACCAUUGUAACAAAUAGACAGGUUUUGAUGAAUUAACAUGGGAGAUGAAAUCACUUUUUAAAAAUAUUACUAAGACUGAUAAUGCCUGGAUUCUCUCAACCUGUUUCAUUUUUGUUUUGCUCCCCCCCCCUUAACCAACCAAUCUCUUAUUGAUAGAUUUUGUGUAAAAAAAUUAUACUCAUUUCUUUAGGAAGAUUAACAAUAAAAAUUGUGUUUAUUACAAAAAUAA